AUGGACAAGUCCAGCAACACCGACAGGGUGGAGCGUCCCGACCCCGACGACCUUCAAGCCUUCCUACCCUGGGCCUGCACCCAGCUGCAGCUGCCCAAGGAAGUGGUCAUCAUCAAGACCCUUCAGAACGAUUACGUAAGCGUGGGAACCACCGACCGCAAGUCGAAGGGCAAGUCGAGGCCGCGGCUGCCGUCCGCCGUGGACGACCAGGAGAAGGACGAGGCCAGCGUCAGCCAUCACCAGGAGGAAGCCGACAUCAUCCGCGUCUACGCUGUCUACGACUACGCUGACAACCUCGUUGGCCUCCGCUUCGACAAGAACACCAACCUCCCCCGCAUGCUCAUGCAGAUCCUCGGCCUCAUCAUCAAGUUCCAAAUCUACCUCACCAGCCUCACCAUCAACCGAGGCCUUAACAAGUACGUCCUUUAUGAAAUCGUCAACUUCCUCCCCAAUUCUAGAAUCACUGAUAUCACCUUGGACAACUGCUUUUUAAGUGAAGGUACUUAUUAUACGCUUCUCGAAAACACCUCUACUUUAAGAGAUUUAUCUUUGUCUAGAUGCAGAAUUAAUGACCAGGUUGUAGCGUUGAUAGCAGCUCAAUUACAUCAUCCUAAACCUGCGUCUACUACUCUUGCUGUUCUCAAUUUAUCCAGCAAUAGGAUCACAGAUGUCGGUGCGCAAAGUAUUAGAGAAGCAUUGAAGACGAAUUCAAAACUAGCCUAUUUGAAUUUAGCUGACAAUUUCAUUACUGACGAAGGAGCCACGGCCAUCUUCAACAUUCUAUUAGAAUACCCGUUAACACCACAAGAACUUAUGGACUUGAAAAGUAGACGUAUAGAUUAUUUACGAAGAAAGCAAGCCACGAUAAUACAGAUAGGGAAAGAUUUACGAGUGACGGAUAUGGUUAAAGGUAAAGGUAAGGUGACGCCGCGAACGCCAUUAAAAGCGAAAGGAAAAGACGAUAUAGCCAGUGAAAAGAGCGCCUGUUACUCUGACGCGUAUUUCUAUGAAAAGGCUAGAGCUAUGGCGGAUAGUCUGACGCCUUUUAAAGAUCCUUACAGUUCUGAGAAUGUUACUUACCGGGACGGUGUUACUUAUUGUGUGGGGAACAACACAUUAUGUCUACUGAACUUAUCGUACAACCGCUUGUCUUACCUGAGCGUGUUGAAGCUGCUGGAGGUGGUGGUGUACCAGAGAGGCACGUCCAGGAAGCCGCGAGGACUGCUCAACUGCCUGGUGGAGGGGAACCCGCUGCCCGUCGAGUGCAAGGAGCUGGCUCAGAUCGAGGGGAUAUUGGAGUACGCGCUCUCGGGCCCGUCGGGCAAGCGGCAUACGGGGACCAUUAGGAGGAAAGCGAAAUGA